AUGGAGAACAAUAAUGCCCCAACUCAUGCUGCCGAGCCUCACCAGAAGAUUGAUCCCCGCAACUUUGACGACAUUCUCGCUGUCGUCGCUUCUAUCAAGGAACAAGUCGGCGAAGAGACCGCCCGUGCUGAACUCGGCAUCAUUUGUGGCUCUGGCUUAGGCCCCAUUGGAGAUGCCGUCGAGGAGGCCACCAUCCUCCCAUACGGCAAGAUUCCAGGAUUCCCAGCCACCCACGUCGUGGGACACAAGGGUAACAUGAUCUUCGGAAAGCUCGGCGGCAAAAAAGUGGUUUGCCUUCAAGGACGCUUUCAUCCGUACGAGCACAACAUGGACCUCGCCUUGUGCACCCUGCCGGUCCGGGUGAUGCAUCAACUCGGCAUCAAAAUCAUGAUCGUGUCGAACGCGGCGGGAGGAAUCAAUACCGUGUUGAGACAUGGAGAUCUUAUGUUGAUCAAGGAUCACAUUUUCCUACCAGCACUUGCUGGGUUCUCACCACUUGUCGGGUGCAACGACCCGAGAUUCGGGGCUAGAUUCGUCUCCGUCCACGAUGCCUAUGACAAACAGCUCAGACAAUUGGCCAUUGAGGUUGGAAGAAAAUCUAACAUGACCCUCUACGAAGGCGUCUACGUUAUGAGCGGUGGUCCACAGUACGAGAGUCCAGCGGAGGUGUCUCUCUUCAAAACUGUUGGUGCCGAUGCCCUCGGAAUGAGCACCUGCCACGAGGUCACAGUUGCUCGACAAUGUGGAAUCAAGGUGCUCGGAUUCUCGCUCAUCACUAACAUCGCUAACUUGGAUUGUGAUGCUUCUGUUGAGGUGUCCCACGAAGAAGUGCUCGACAUUGCCGAACAAGCUGGACAACGUGCAUCCCUCUUCGUGUCCGAUAUCAUCAAGGAGCUUAAUUUCUGA